AUGAAGGGGCUUCGAAGUCUGGCUCCAACAACCCUGGCUCUUUUCCUGAUUUUUUCUCUCAUGGGAAAUUCUAACAGCGCUCCACAGAGACUUUUGGAGAGAAGAAACUGGACACCACAAGCUAUCCUCUACCUGAAGGGUGCACAGGGGCGCAGCUUUAUCUCCGACCAGAGCCAGAGGAAAGACCUCUCAGACCGGCCGCCACUGGAAAGACGAAGCCCUGAUGCCCAACCACUCAUCCUUCCAGAGGCAGCAGCUCUGUUAUUGGCUUCCUUUCAGAAAGCACAAGAAGCUGAAGAAGAAAACUUUGAUCAAGCUAGAUUCUUAGAAGACAGUCUACUAAACUAUUGA